ACAGAGACCUUCUCCUGGGCUCCCGGUACCAUGACCUCCCUGAAGAUGCUGCUCCUGGCCGCGCUCCUCCUGGGGGCUUCCCUGCAGGACACCCAUGCAGCUCGAGCAACCAAUGUGGGCCCGGAGUGCUGCCGGAAGUACUUCAAAGGAGCCAUUCCUUUCAGGAAGCUGGUGAGGUGGUACCGGACCCCAGAGGACUGUAGCAGGGAUGCCAUCGUGCUGGUGACGCUCCACGGCAGAUCCAUCUGUUCAGACCCCAAGGACAGGUGGGUGAAGAAGGCAGUCAAGUACUUGCAAAACACCACGAAGUCAUGUGACCUGGCCGCCCAGCCGGCCUGACUUCUCCCUGGCCCAUCUGGAGUCUUCCCGCCUCCACGUUCACUACCCCAACCCCGAGCUCCCUGGGUCCAGUGGAGGCCUUACAAGGACAAAGAGGCCGCUGUUCCCUUCUCUGAUUAAAGUUUUUCUCCCC